AUGUCCACUUCCAAUCCCAACAAGCCCGACGAUCACGCUUCACAGCCAUCCAGCUCUGACUCCGGACCCGAUCCUGCCCGUCCAACCUUCACUGCGCGGCUUCGGGACCUCCUUGCCGUAUCCAACUGGCGGAUCUCAAAGGGCGAAAGGGGCCGCCUGGCCAACGUGAAGGAGGACCUGGCAGCAGCCUCAACGGCAGGGGGUUUGCCGCACCUGCCGCCGGGGCAGGCUGCAGCGGACGCGGCAGCGGAGGCAGCGGCGGCCGCGCUGCAGGCCUCCACAAGCACCACCACAAGCACCGACACCAGCGGAGGCGGCGACGGCGUUGCGCCGCUUCAACAGCAGCUUCCGCAGGCACAUCAGGACGAGCCGCAGCUUGAGCUGCCGCCGCACCAGCGAUUGCUGCAUCCCAAGUACGGCUACGCGGUACUCGGCGGUGCCGUACCCGCCGACGAAGGCGCAACCACCGCGGCAGGCCUGGUUGGAAUGCUGACGUCACAGCAGCCGCGAGUAAACCCUAGACGGCGCUUCCUUCCCGGGGAGACGUACGAAGCACAGGAUCUCAAUCCGUACACGGCCCGGACGUGGGGCCGGGUUCGUACGGAUGCGGGUGCCGUACGCCGUCCCACCGUUGCGGAGGUCAUGGAGAAAGCGGACUAUAAGAAUGUGGCCUUCCUGACCCGGUGGUUCUUGUCCCCCGGGGGCAGGCUGCUAUCGCGGAGACACACGCGGCUACCGGUCGCGGUGCACAAGUAG